ACAUCUUGCUUGUGGUUCAUGUUUUGUGAGCUAAUCUGGCUAGCAGAUGUCGACUGGUCAAACUUAUUUUCAGAUGAAUAUAUGCGCAUAAAACGGUUUAAACGCCACUCCUAGUAAAAGGGGAGGAUGGCGCAUCGAAGCACCCCACCUUCGCCCUCGCAGAGGACAGAGUACCUGGAGCCUGAUAAUGAUUCCGACAGGGACUCAGGUGUUGGGGAGGAUGCAGGGGAGGAUGCUGACAGUUGCCAUGGAGGCACAGUAACAGAGGAGGAGCAAGUCAACAAGCAAGAGGAUGUGGAAGAAACCAACGGGGAGGGAGAAGAUUUUACAGUUUUUGUUGCCUUUCAAGGGAAUAUGGAAGAUGAGGACUUCACUCAAAAACUUGACACUAUCCUCAGUGGAAUACCAGACAUGCUUGAUAUGGGCUCUGAAAGGCUACAGCCACAACAUGUGGAGCCGUGGAACAGUGUGCGAGUUACCUUCAACAUUCCUCGGGAUGCUGCUGAGCGACUCAGACUGUUGGCCCAGAACAACCAGCAGCAGCUCAGAGACCUGGGGAUUCUCUCUGUGCAGAUAGAAGGGGAAGGGGCCAUCAAUGUGGCUGUGGGACCAAAUAGAGGACAAGAAGUCAGAGUGAAUGGACCAAUUGGAGCACCUGGCCAGAUGAGAAUGGAGGUUGGCUUUCCAGGUCAUCCUGGUCCAGGAGGAGUACGGAUGGCUAAUCCGGCAAUGGUUCCCCCAGGGCCUGGCAUGUCAGGUCAAGCUAUGGUACCAGGCAGCAGUGGACAGAUGCACCCUCGUGUUCAGAGACCAUCUUCACAGACAGGUUCAGAUGUGAUGGAUCCAAUGAUGCCAGGCAUGUCAGUUCAGCAGCAACAGCAACUUCAGCAUCAACAGGCCGGUCCCCAUGCCUCAGGCCCAAUGCCUCCUCAGGCUGCUCAUCACAUGCAGGCUCUGCAGGGAGGUAGACCGCUCAACCCUGCUGCACUGCAGCAGCUACAGCAACAACAUCACCAACAGCAACAAGCCCAGCAGCAAGCUCAGCUCUCCCAGCUUGGACCUAGACCUCCAUUCAACCCAUCGGGCCAGAUGGCUGUACCUCCUGGCUGGAACCAGCUGCCCUCCGGUGUCCUCCAGCCACCAGCAGCCCAAGGAGGCCCUGCCUGGAGAAAGCCCCCACCCCAAGCCCAAAUGGUUCAACGUCCACCCUCCCUUGCUACAGUUCAGACUCCCAGCCAUCCUCCGCCGCCUUACCCGUUUGGCAGCCAGCAGGCUGGGCAGGUGUUCAAUGCCAUGGGCCAGGGACAAAUACAGCAACAGCAGCAGACAGGAGUGGGUCAGUUUGCUGCUCCCCAGCCUAAAGGCCCACAGGCUGGUCCUGGUGGUGUCACAGGACAGCCCAGACCACCUCCACCCCUUCCACCAACAUCUGGACCGCAGGGAAACCUCACUGCCAAGUCCCCUGGCUCCUCCUCAUCUCCUUUUCAGCAGGGUUCACCUGGGACUCCUCCCAUGAUGGCUCAGAGACCUACAACACCACAGGGUUUUCCCCAGGGCGUUGGAUCACCAGGAAGAGCAGCCCUCGGCCAACAGGGUAACUUGCAGCAAGGAUUCAUGGGAAUGCCCCAGCAUGGACAGCCUGGGGCCCAAGUUCACCCAGGCAUGCCGAAGCGUCCCAUGGGCUUUCCAAACCCAAACUUUGUCCAAGGUCAGGUGAGUGCCAGCACUCCAGGAACCCCUGGUGGAGGAGCCAGUCAGCAGCUUCAGAGCAGCCAAGCAAUGACUCAUGCAGGAGCUCCACCCUCAGCCUCCACCCCUAACUCAAUGCAGGGUCCACCACAUGCCCAACCCAAUGUUAUGGGUGUACAAAGUAGCAUGGCAGGUCUGCCACCUGGUACAACCGCUGGGCCUAGUAUGGGCCAGCAGCAGCCUGGCCUCCAGACCCAGAUGAUGGGCCUCCAGCAUCAGGCCCAGCCCGUGUCCUCCUCCCCCAGCCAGAAGGUUCAAGGCCAAGGUGGAGGUCAGACUGUUCUCUCAAGGCCCAUCAGUCAAGGGCAGAGAGGAGGGAUGACCCCACCCAAGCAAAUGAUGCCUCAGCAAGGCCAGGGGGUGAUGCAUGGGCAGGGUCAGAUGGUUGGGGGCCAAGGGCACCAGGCCAUGCUCCUACAGCAGCAGCAACAACAGCAACAAAACUCCAUGAUGGAGCAAAUGGUUGCCAACCAGAUGCAAGGCAACAAGCAGGCAUUUGGAGGCAAGAUUCCAGCUGGGGUCAUGCCUGGCCAGAUGAUGCGUGGCCCUGCCCCAAACGUUCAAGGUAACAUGGCUCAGUUCCAGAGCCAAGUUGGCCCUCAGCAGAUGACCCCACAACAGCAGCAGCAAAUGGCUCAACUCCAACAACAGCAGUUACAACAACAGCAACAGCACCAAUUGCAACAGCAACAGCUACAACAACAGCAGCAGCAACAACAACAGCAACAACACCAGCAGAUGAACCAGCAACAGCCCCAGCAGGUUUCUAUCGCUGGCAAUCCGAAUCAAGCUAUGGGCAUGCACGGGCAACAAAUGAGGCUCCCUGCUGGUCAUCCUCUCAUCCAACAGCAGUUGCAACAGCAGCAGUUACAGCAGCAACAGAAACAACAGCAACAGGCCAUGUUGCAACAGCAGCAACAGCAACAACAACAACAACAACAACAACAACAGGCAGCUCAACAACACCCACAUCCUUUGGGAGAUCCUAAUAGUGGAACAGGGGACUUGGGGGUCCAACAGAUGGUCCCUGAUAUCCAGGCACAGCAACAGCAAGGCAUGAUGGCGGGUCCUCAGCACAUGCAGAUGGGAAAUGGCCACUUUGGAGGUCAUGGCAUGAACUUUAACUCACAGUUCCCAGGUCAGAUGCAGAUGGGGGGACCCUGCGUACAGCCAGGAGGCUUUAACGUCAGCAAAGAUGUAACACUGACAAGCCCACUGCUGGUCAAUCUGCUGCAGAGCGAUAUCUCAGCCAGCCAGUUUGGGCCAGGAGGAAAACAGGGAGCAGGAGGUGGCAACCAAGCCAAACCCAAAAAGAAGAAACCGGCAAGAAAGAAGAAGCCCAAAGAGGGAGAGGGACCACAGCAAGUAGAGGGACUUGGUGGUCUUGAUGUGGCUGCUGGCAUGGAGGAUUCUGACCUGCCAAAUCUGGGUGGUGAACAGAGUUUGGGUUUAGACACCUCUGGCCAGAAACUCCCUGAUUUUGCCAACAGGCCUGCAGGCUUUCCUGGCCAACCUGGAGACCAGAGAGUAUUGCAGCAGGUACCCAUGCAGUUUAUGCAGCAGCAACAACAACAACAACAACAACAACAACAGCAACAGCAACAGCAACAACAGCAGCAGCAACAGCAGCAACAACAACAACAAAUGCAGCACAUGCAACAGCAGCAGAUACAGCAACAACAAAUGCAGCAGCAGCAACAAAUACAACAACAAAUGCAACAGCAGCAAAUACAGCAACAACAGCAACAAUUACAACAACAACAACAGCAGAUGCAGCAACAGCAGAUGCAGCAACAGCAGCAGAUGCAACAGAUGCAGAUGCAGGGUCAAGGCCAGCCCCAGAUGCACCCUCAUCAGCUGCAGCAACAGCAGCAGCAGCAGCAACAGCAGCAGCAACAGCAGCAGCAGCAAAAUCAGCAGCCACACUUGCAACAGCAGAUGAUGAUGAUGCUGAAGAUGCAGCAGGAGCAGGCAAAGAAUCGCAUGUCCAUCCCUCCAGGUGGGCAGCUCCCUCCUCGGGGUAUGGGCAAUCCACCCGAGGUGCAGAGGCUUCCCGUAUCACAGCAAGGCAACAUGCCUGUAAUGAUCAGCCUUCAGGGACAUGGAGGUGUGCCGCCGUCACCUGACAAAGCCAGAGGGAUGCCCCUGAUGGUGAACCCACAGCUUGCAGGUGCUGCACGAAGAAUGUCCCAUCCUGAUGUAGGACAGGGCCCUCAGAGCACUGGAUCUGAGGAGGCCUCUGCAGGAGCCCACCUGAAACCAGAGAGACCUGGUGGCCCAGAAACUGGGGUGCAGCCUGGAAAUGGGAACCAGCAGAUGAUGACCAACCAAGGCUCCAACGCUCACAUGAUGAAGCAGGGACCUGUUCCAUCACCGAUGCCCCAACACACUGGCGCCAGUCCUCAGCAACAGUUACCUAGUCAGCCUCAGCAAGGAGGCCCCAUGCCAGGCAUUCAUUUCCCAAAUGUCCCGACAACCUCUCAGAGCUCCCGGCCCAAAACCCCCAACAGAGCCAGCCCCAGGCCUUACCACCAUCCCCUCACCCCAACUAAUCGUCCACCGAGCACUGAACCCUCCGAAAUCAACCUCUCGCCAGAGAGGCUAAAUGCCUCUAUUGCAGGGCUGUUCCCUCCCAAAAUAAACAUUCCUCUGCCUCCCAGGCAGCCUAACCUAAACAGGGGAUUUGAUCAGCAAGGUCUUAACCCAACAACUCUGAAAGCCAUCGGACAGGCCCCUCCUAACUUAACCUUACCAGGCAGUAACAACGGCAGUGUGGGUGGAAAUAACACUAACAACAGUCAGCAGCCUUUCGCAACUGGGGCAGGAGGAGCAGGCGCUAAACAGGACAAGCAGCCUGGAGCACAGGGUAAGAGGGCAAGUCCUAGCAACAGUCGGAGGUCAAGUCCAGCCUCUAGCCGUAAAUCAGCCACCCCAAGUCCAGGGAGACAAAAGGGGGCAAAGAUGGCCGUCACCUGCCCCCCUGCCCAACAGCAGAUGGUCAACCCUCAGGGGCAAACCAUGAUGCUCAGCCCCACAUCAGUACCCCCAAGUCCAGUAUCUAUGCCUUCACAAGUGAGUGUGGGCAUGGAGGCACAGCAGGCCCAGACCCCCUUCCAUGGGAUGCAAGGUAACCCUGCUGAGGGUGUCAGGGAAAGUCAGGGAAUGAUGGCAGCAGAGCAGCGACAGAUGCCUCAGCCCCAGCCACAGCCUUUGAGGGAGUUAUCAGCUCCCAGAAUGGCAAGUCCUCGUUUCCCUGUGCCGCAACAGCCUAAACCUGACUUGGAACUACAGGCUGGCACAGUUGAUAGGCACCCAGCACACACAGCUGCCAUGCAGGACUCUGAAGUCUCACCCUCUCUCAGGGCAGCUCCAACCUCCCUCAACCAGUUACUGGAUAACUCUGGGAUCCCAAACAUGCCUCUUCGGCCUGCACAGAGUAACGCUGUUAGGGAUGGCAUGGGAAAAGACAGCCCCAAGUCAGCUUUGGAGCCAGAGAGACCACUCCACAGUAAUCCCCAGAGUACAGAUAUCUCCGCUGCUGUCACUACUGCUGCCACUAUAAAUGAUUCAGAAGCUAAACCCAAACCUACUGUCCCAAUAAUGACCAGCAGUCCUAAUUUGCAGCCUGCUCCAAUGUCCAGCUUGCACCCUAGCACUAACGUGACCUCUAAUAUUAUCCCCAACCCUAGCCAAAACCCCGUCUCCAGUCUUGGUGUCAAUCCCAGUGCGAAUGUAAACCCAACGCCAACCCGCAGUACAAACAGUACUGCAACCACGAGUGUGAGCCCCAACCCAGUCACUUCCAGUCAGAGCAGUCCUGCUUCUAUCGUUAAUACCACUUCGAACUCCAGCUCUGCUCAAAAACCAAGCCCCAGUCCUAAACCUGUGACAAGUGUUCAUUCAGUCAUUCAGAUCCCGGCCUCCUCUAGCACAAUUUCACCUAAUCAGAUCACUGUGUUCGUCACCUCUAACCCCAUCACCUCUGCCCCCACUUCGCAGGUACCCACAUCAUUGGUGUCCACCAUGGUGGCUGUCCCCAACAAGAGCAUUAGACCUCAGGACAUCAGGCAGCAGGCCCCUGUCCCCCGACCUCCUCAGUUUAUCACCACCCCUGUAUUUAUCAACCCCAUUUUUCAGGUCCCAGGUGCAUCUGUGGCUCCCAAUACCACAAUGGUAUCACAGUCAGUCACCAUGAUGGGGCCCAUCCAAGUGUCCACUACAAACAUCCAACUCUCUCCUGCCCCAAGCUCCACUCAGUCCUCAGGGGCUAACGUGACCAGCACUCAGCCUGCCAGAAGUGCUGUUGGACAGCUCCAGCUGGCCACUAGUGUGCCCUCACCAGUUCAAGUUGUUACUCCCCCAGCUCCUUCUCAAAUUAACCCAGGGGCUCCCAAAACAGAAAAUCUAGGUGAAACAGGCUCUGCUCAGAAACCUAGUCCCCCAGUCAGGCAGCCAUCUCCUCAUCCAAGCCCUGCUGCAUCAUCUCCCUUUCAGUCACCGCUGGCCUCACCUCCUCUCUGCUCUAGUCCUGGGGCUGCUAACACCAUCAGAAAAAGCCCCAUGUCUCCGUCUCCCACCGCCCAGGUGAAAAGUAAACCCACACAGGCUUCUCCAACUGUGUCUGGUCCAGCUGAUUCCCAGCAGAGUCCUGUAGAAAGGCCUGCGCAGGGGCCCACUGGGGCUGUACCACCACAGGUUUUUCAUCCUCCUGCUAGUCAAGCCAUUCAGAUUGAAGCAUUAGCUCCCCUUACUACCACUACUGCUGCUCCAAACAACAUUACUCCACCUGCUGUCUCCUCUGCAAUCCCAGUUCCUGGCCAAGUGGCUGCUCCUACUCAGAUUGUUACCCAGGCUCCAGUGCCUCCACCAGCUUCAGUCUCAAGCCAGGCCCAGACUGUACCUCCUCAGACUCCUAAUGUCACUGUAGUUGGUGCUACUACAGGUGUCUCUUCCACCUUACUCUCUACGGUUGCUCCUGUACAAAGUCCCAUACCGUCCAUUGUUUCAAUUGUUGCUGGUUCUGGAUCUGCUUUGGAGGUGGCCCCCACAACAUCAUCUCCAGUUACUAAUCCCAGUGCUGUUCCACCAGCGCAGUUGGACCCUGUGGCUAUGGAGCCCCCCAUGCCGCCAGCUGCUGCAUCUGCUGAAACCACUCAGACCACUGCAGCACCUGUUAAUAAAGAAGUCCCACAGUCCCAGGAACCCAUUACCAGUGAGAAGACGGGUGAAGACGCCUCGACAGGUUCUGAGCAGGGAUGGGCAAAGAAAAGAAAGACGCCCAUCAACUUAGUCCCAAGCACUGCUGUGGAGAAGCCCAAGGGACCGAGCCGGCGCAGCUCUCGGGCAGAGAAGGAGGUGGAGGAGGAGCCAGUAGCAGACAGCGGCAUUAGGAAGAGAUCGGCCAGACCUGGAGCCAGUGCUGCUGUAAAAGAAACUGGAGCAAGCCCCACCCAGGCCAAACGAAGGAAGUCAAAAUAGGCACAAUUGCAGCUGUGGAAACCUGUGAACUGUACUGUAAAUGUUUUUGUUUUCCCGCUGUGAAUCGGUUGAUAUCGGUUUCUUUGUCCCAGAUUAUGAAUUUUCAGUGGAGGAAGAAACCAUGUACAGAUUGUUUUAAAAAGAAUGCUUUUGUUUUGUCCAUGCUAUAAUGUGAGAUUGUAGUUAGAAUGUGUGCAAUACAGUAUGUGUUUGUGUGAAUGUGCUUUUUAUAUUAAAUGCUGGAUUAAUCAUGUGAAGACUGAUAAUGGAACUUGUCAUGAUUGUAUAAUUAUGUUGUAAAACUGAAUUAAAUUUUCUACUGCUUUUUGUUCUGUGAAA